AUGGCUGGACACAUAGAUGUACACUUCCACGCGCUCCCACCAGCCUACACGGCCGCAGUGAAGGCGCAUGGGGGCGACCCCUCGGGCUUUCCUGAGCCGGACUGGUCGCCGGAGGCAGCGAUCGCCUCGAUGGAAGCAGUUGGCGCAUCUCUUGGAAUCCUAUCCGUCUCCUCGCCCGGUGUCCCAGUCACCGGAGCAGGCGAGGAAGGCCGCAGGCUCGCCCGCGAGCUCAACACGUUCCUCGGCGGGCUGGCCACGGCCGCCGAGGCCCCGCUCGCCGGCAAGUUCGGCUUCUUCGGCGUCCUCCCCGACUGGCGGGACGUCGAGGGCACAUGCGCCGAGAUCGACUUCCUGUUCGCGGAGCAGAAGCUCUGCAGCGGCGUCGGCGCGUACACCACCUACGGGGACAAGCUGCCCGGCCACGAGAGCUUCGGGCCGAUAUGGCAGAAGCUGCAGGAUUCCCGCGCCCUCGUCUUCCUGCACCCGACGAGCUCCGACGUCCAGCCCAGGUUCAUCGGCGGCUUCCUCCCCCAGCCCAUCGUCGACUACCCGCUGGCCACGACCCGGGCUGCCGUCGACCUGGUCUUCACGGGUACCCUGCGGUCCUGCCCCGACGUCGACAUCAUCCUCUCCCACGCGGGAGGAACCCUCCCGUUCAUCGGGACGCGGGCGUUGGGUGCCUUGGCUUUCCCGCCGAUUGCAGCCCAGGCUGGGGUCACCGAGAAGGAAGCCGUCGCGGACUUCGCGAGGUUCUACUACGACACGGCGCUGAGUACGAGUGCGGCACAGUUGAGCGGGCUUCUGGAGUUCAUCGGAUCUGUAGGUGGUGACAUGUCACACGUCUUAUUCGGCAGUGACUUUCCAUACGCACCGCAGCAGAGCAUCAAGGCUGUGUUGCAGGGUUACCAUGAGUUCCUGGCCUCCGGUCGUCCCAAGGCUGAGGUCUUGAGGCCGGAGAAGCUGAGAGCGAAUGGUACGGCGCUCCUGGAGAAGCACUCUCUGGGCCAGAGGUUUAGGCAUGGGUCGCUGUGA